AUGGUCGCAUGUGAUAUGUGGAAGAUGGAAGCAAAUGCUGGAGUGUUGAAAUCGGGCUUUCCUGAGCUGCCUAGGUGGGGAAUCGACGACGUCAGCCUUAAACGCAAAAGCAAGCCAUCACACCGGUCAAGACUUCUGUAUCUUCGUGCAUGUAAGACAGGGGGCACGAUAAAAGACCUGGAGCCAACGCCAAGGGAACUGGCCUGGGGACGAUUCUCUCCCGCCCAAAAAUACUCCGCACAAGCAUUGUUGCCUCUGGUAGAUGCUCCACGGUGGUUACUAAAAUGGUUCCGACGUAUCGGGAGGUCCUCCAUCGAUCUUGGCUCCUCACUUUCCUCACAUCUCACAGCAGAUUCACUAAUAUUAUCUAAAGAUUCGAUGUUCGUGAGCCAUCUGCGUUACACCUUCAUCUUUUGGGUCCUUCUCUUUUUGAACGGCCUUCCUUCAAUACCCCUCUUUCCGAAAGCCUCGUGUCCCAGUAGACCAAUCGUGCUUGGCCAGCAAGGUGACCGCUGUGUCCGCAGCUGCUUGACGCUAUUGCUUUCGGGGCUCGACAUCGGGUAUCGUGAGGACGUGAGCGGUAGGAGCUGCGGAAAGAUGAUGACAACGGCCUUACAGCCGUCUCCAGACGCCGUAUUUCAUCUCAGGGUAUUUUUGAUCAAAGCUGAUUGGGGAAUUCCGUUCAGCCUUGGUGAAUGGCUCACCCGCUUUUGGAACUGUCAACGACGUGAACCGUUUCGAUAUGAGCUAGAUGCGACGUUGAAUGGGAGAGCUCCUUCAGGUCAGAAGCCGUCGUCGACGGCCCGGUCUUCUAACUUUGCUGUCUUUCUCGACAUCCAAGAAGUCUCUCUUUUCCACCCCGGCGUUUUCUCCGCCACUCCUUGCACAUGUUGUCUGAUACAUAGCCAAACACUCAUCAAUACAUUGGUCAUAUUCUUCAGUCGGGUUGAAUGUCGCGCGGUCCAGGAACGACUUCCGACAUUCGUCCAGGCAGGGCUCAGCUUUCAAAAGCUCGCCGGCGGCGAUGACUUCUGGAGGCUCGAUACGAUAGAUGAAGUGAUGAAAACAGGACGGCGACAACGCCACCUCGUGGCGUCUUCAUGGUUGGGUUGGGUCGAAGCACAGAAAUUUGAUCUCAACUUUGCAGAAUCCAAACGUGAAGCCGCUAGAUCUGGGAAUGAGGUAGUUUUGAGGGAUGCGCAAGAGAAAUCAGACGACAAGACCAGAAGAAAGUCACGAAGCGUUUCAGGAUUUAAGGUACCGAAGCACCUGCAGAUUCGUAAAACACUUCGGCCUUCUAAGCCCCCUCCUAUGUAUGCCAUAGGAAUUGAACUCCACCCCGGUAAGCCGGCAUGGCUCGAACUAUCUCUAAAACUUGGCGAUUCUGACACUGCUGCAUCAAACCUGAUAUCACUACUACAUGGUAAUUCGCCAGUAACGAAUAGGUUCGAACUUUUCGUGCCUCACACCCGUAUCCGGAAUCCAACAUUUCGUAUUUGGAAAAGCAAAUUCACCGAAGGAACCAGGCUCUCUCUCUUAAGUCCGAGUGGAAUUGCUAUUUCUGUCCCACUUCAGGACUGGGGUUCUCUCGCGAAAUUGCUCGAAAGCGAACAGCAAGGCCUCUUGUUCGCGAGAUUAUGGCUGUGCGACGGUGGCUGCGCUCGCAAUAUGACGCAGGGUUUCGGCAGGAAGCGACGAUCCAUGAAGCGAAAGAGGACCCGAAGUUUAACGGCUAUCGAGUCGUGGACAGGAGCAUGCUCGCCAAUUUGUUUAAGAGGUUCCUUUCAAAGUGGACUUUGCAACCAUGGAAGCCGCCUUCGUAAGAGUCUCGAGGUCCGCAAGCCGAGGGAAUAUGGAGGAGUAGGGAUUGGUAGAGCAAUUACCAACAGGCGCAAUGCACUCCGAAAGAAGAAAAUACGCAUCCUAGGAACUGGAAAAGCGAAUGACAUCCAUGAGACCGCUUCCUGGGCCGGCUGCUCCUGGUCGCAGUGGGCUGGAUCGAUCUGUACCGGGAUGUGA